AUGGGUGGUAUGUUUUCGCAAAUUUUCAAAGGCCUGCUUGGCAAAAAAGAGAUGCGUAUCUUGAUGGUGGGACUUGACGCAGCCGGCCUAAUCUUUGUGGUUGACUCCAAUGAUAGAGAGCGAGUUAAUGAGGCGAGAGAGGAGUUGAACCGAAUGUUGCUGGAGGAUGAGUUGAGGGAUGCAGUGCUGUUGGUUUUUGCCAAUAAGCAAGAUUUACCAAAUGCAAUGACCGCAGCUGAAAUCACAGAGAAGCUGGGUAUGCAUGGUAUGAGGAACCGAACCUGGUACAUCCAAGCUGCUUGUGCGACUAGUGGAGAUGGUCUGUACGAGGGACUUGACUGGAUGUCCAACACACUCAAGAACAAGUAA